AUGGCCCAGGAGGCGGCGAGAGAAGCCGCGGACAAGGAGGGCGCCGGGCACACUGCGGGUCGCUGCCAGCCCCGCCGCGGGGGGCCACUGUCCGUGCGCUCCGCCCGGGGCAGAGGCGGGGCCUGGAGGGGCGGGGCGGGCGCAGGUCCCCCGGGGAAGGCAGACCCCGCCCCGGCUGGACGCCCCGCCCCCCACGCCCGGGCGCCGCGCGCCCACCUGCAGGUCGGGCUGGGAGCCGCUUCACCUGCGCGGUUCAGGGGUACCCGCCCUGCGCCGGGCCACUCGCCCCGCUUGCUCCUGCGCGCACCUGCUCCGCGCACGUGCUUCCCUGUACCCCGAAGCCUGUCCGCCCUGCUAGGCUUUAGGGAUCCUUUUGCACUGACGUUCUGCCCUCUGAGUCUCUCGGGGAAGGAGCUGGGAGACCAGCGGCAGAGAGGGCCCCUGGGACGCUGGGAUCCUGUGUCCCACAGAGAAACAGCCCUGCAGAUGGCCCAGGGAUCCUGUCCUGGCAGCCCCCCGGAUGUGGGGGAUGGGUGGGGGCCAGGCCUGUGUCGCUGUGAAGUCGACUUCGGAGGAUCUGGGAAGAAGCGAGGCAAGUUGGUGAAGGUGCCAAGCAACGUGGCUCCCUCGAUGCUCUUUGAUCUUCUGCUCACUGAAUGGCACCUGCCAGCUCCCAACCUGGUGGUGUCCCUAGUGGGUGAGGAGCGGCCUUUUGCCAUGAAGUCCUGGCUGAGGGAUAUCUUGCGUAAGGGGCUAGUAAAGGCAGCCCAGAGCACAGGUGCCUGGAUUCUGACCAGUGCCCUCCGCAUGGGCUUGGCCCGGCACAUAGGACAGGCUGUGCGUGACCACUCACUGGCCAGUACGUCUACCAAGGUCCGCAUGGUGGCCAUUGGCAUGGCCUCACUGGGCCGUGUCCUUCACCGCCGGCUUUUGGAUGAUGUCAAGGAAGAUACCCCCAUCCAAUACCCCGCGGAGGACAGUGGCAGCCAGGGCCCCCUCUGCCCUCUGGAUAGCAAUCUCUCCCACUUCAUCCUGGUGGAGUCUGGCGGGCCUGGGAGCAGGGACGGGCUGGCGGAGCUGCGGCUGCGGCUGGAGAAACACAUCUCGCAGCAGAGGACGGGCUAUGGGGGUACAAGCAGCAUCCAGAUACCGGUCCUUUGCCUGCUGGUCAAUGGAGACCCCGGUGCCCUGGAGAGGAUUUCCAGGGCCGUGGAACAGGCCACCCCAUGGCUGAUCCUGGCAGGCUCGGGGGGCAUUGCCGACGUGCUCGCCGCCCUGGUGAACCAGCCACAUCUCCUGGUGCCCCAGGUGGCUGAGAAGCAGUUCAGAGAGAAGUUCCCCGGAGAGCCGUUCUCCCAGGAAGCCAUUCUGCACUGGACGGAACUGAUGCAGAAUAUCGCCGCCCACCCUCACCUGCUCACUGUGUACGACUUUGAACGAGAGGGCUCUGAGAGCCUGGAUACUGUCAUUCUCAAGGCGCUGGUGAAAGCCUGUAAGAGCCACAGCCAAGAGGCCCAAGACUACCUGGAUGAGCUCAAGCUGGCGGUGGCCUGGGACCGCGUGGACAUCGCCAAGAGCGAGAUCUUCAGCGGGGAAGUGGAGUGGAAGUCCUGUGACCUGGAGGAGGUGAUGACCGACGCCCUGGUGAGUGACAAGCCGGAGUUCGUGCGCCUCUUCGUGGACAGCGGCGCAGACAUGGCCGACUUCUUGACUUACGGGCGGCUGCAGCAGCUCUACUGCUCCGUGUCGCCCAAGAGCCUGCUCUUCAGCCUGCUGCAACGCAAGCACGAGGAAGGCCGGCUGACACUGGCCGGCCUGGGCGCCCAGCAGGCCCGUGAGCUGCCUGCCGGGCCAUCCGCCUUCUCGCUGCACGAGGUGUCCCGCGUGCUCAAGGACUUCCUGCACGAUGCCUGCCGAGGCUUCUACCAGGAUGGGCUCAGGCUGGAUGACACAGGGGCAGCCAAGCGGCCCACGGGCCAUAAGUGGCUAGUUGACCUCAACCGCAAGAGCAAGGACCCCUGGAGAGACUUGUUUCUGUGGGCUGUACUGCAAAACCGCCAUGAGAUGGCCACCUAUUUCUGGACAAUGGGCCAAGAGGGUGUGGCCGCCGCUCUGGCAGCAUGCAAAAUCAUCAAGGAAAUGUCUCACCUGGAGACGGAGGCCGAGGUGGCCCGCACCAUGCGCGAGGCCAAGUAUGAGCAGCUGGCCCUAGACCUCUUCUCCGAGUGCUACCGUAACAGUGAGGACCGCGCCUUCGCCCUGCUGGUGCGCCGCAACCACAGCUGGAGCAGGACCACGUGCCUGCACCUAGCUACUGAGGCCGACGCCAAGGCCUUUUUUGCCCAUGAUGGUGUGCAGGCAUUUCUGACCAAGAUCUGGUGGGGGGACAUGGCCACAGGCACACCCAUCCUGCGGCUGCUGGGCGCCUUCAUCUGCCCAGCCCUCAUCUAUACCAACCUCAUCACUUUCAGUGAUGAUGUCCCACCAAGGACAGACCUGGAGGACCUGCAGGAGCCGGACAGCCUGGAUGCAGAGUGGAGCCUCCUAUACAGCACGGGUGGCCAGGUGGAGAAGCUGAUGGAGGCUCCAAGGGCUCAAGGAGCCCAAAGCCCACAAGCCACCUUCCUGCUUACACGCUGGCGCAAGUUCUGGGGGGCACCUGUGACCGUGUUCCUGGGGAACGUGGUCAUGUACUUUGCGUUCCUCUUCCUCUUCACCUACGUCCUGCUGGUGGACUUCAGGCCGCCUCCCCAGGGGCCGUCGGGGUCUGAGGUCACGCUGUACUUCUGGGUGUUCACACUGGUGCUAGAGGAAAUCCGACAGGGCUUCUUUACGGAUGAGGACACGCACUUGGUGAAGAAGUUCACUCUCUAUGUGGAGGACAACUGGAACAAGUGCGACAUGGUGGCCAUCUUCCUCUUCAUCCUUGGCGUCACCUGCAGGAUGCUGCCUUCAGUGUUUGAGGCUGGCCGCACCGUCCUUGCCAUUGACUUCAUGGUGUUCACGCUUCGACUCAUCCAUAUCUUUGCCAUCCAUAAGCAGCUGGGCCCCAAGAUCAUCAUCGUGGAACGGAUGAUGAAGGAUGUUUUCUUCUUCCUCUUCUUCCUGAGCGUGUGGCUUGUGGCCUAUGGUGUGACCACGCAGGCCCUGCUGCACCCACACGACGGCCGUCUGGAAUGGAUCUUCCGCCGCGUGCUGUACCGGCCAUAUCUGCAGAUCUUUGGACAGAUCCCCCUGGACGAGAUUGAUGAGGCCCGUGUGAAUUGCUCCCGCCAUCCCUUGCUGCUGGAAGGCUCACCCUCCUGCCCCAACCUCUAUGCUAAUUGGCUGGUCAUUCUCUUGCUGGUCACCUUCCUGCUGGUCACCAAUGUGCUACUCAUGAACCUGCUGAUUGCCAUGUUCAGCUACACAUUCCAAGUGGUGCAGGGCAAUGCUGACAUGUUCUGGAAAUUCCAACGCUACCACCUCAUCGUGGAGUACCAUGGGCGCCCGGCCCUGGCGCCCCCGUUCAUCCUCCUCAGCCACCUGAGCCUGGUGCUCAAGCGGGCCUUCAGGAAGGAAGCCCAGCACAAACGCCAGCACCUGGAGAGAGACCUGCCUGAUCCCCUAGACCAGAAGAUCGUCACCUGGGAGACGGUCCAGAAGGAAAACUUCCUGAGUGAUGUGGAGAAGAGGAAGAGAGAUAGUGAGGGGGAGAUGCUGAGGAAAACUGCACACAGAGUGGACUUGGUUGCCAAGUACCUUGGGGGGCUCAGGGAGCAGGACAAGAGGAUCAAGUGUCUGGAAUCACAGGCCAACUACUGCACACUGCUCCUCUCCUCCAUGGCCGACACACUAGCUCCUGGCAGCGCGUACAAGGACCCUCAGAACUGCGGGCACAGAAGCCAGCUGGCCCCAGAUGCUGACAGGGAGCAUCCAGAGGCCGACCAGCCACCCUCAGACGUCUAACACCAAGGACUCACCUGUCCUGGAACCCCAAG